AUGUACCGCCGCACAACACGCACCCUCUCCCCGCUGCUCCUCCUCCGGCGCCCCUACUCCACCCCCGCCUCAGCAGCAGGAAUAGUCCCAAAACCACUAACAUCAAUACUGAUUGCCAACCGCGGCGAGAUAGCUCUCCGCGUCAACCGCACCGCAACCCUCCAUGGCAUCCGCACAACCACUGUCUACACCGACCCUGACGCGCACGCGCAACACGCGCUGGUCACGCCGCACGCCUACAACAUCGGCCCUGUGGCGGCGUACCUGGAUGGCGAGAAGAUCAUUGGUGUGGCCAAGAGGGCUGGGUGUGAUAGUGUGCAUCCGGGGUAUGGGUUUUUGAGUGAGAACUCAAAGUUCGCGAAACGGUGCGAGGAGGAGGGGCUGGUGUUUAUUGGCCCGCCGCCGGAGGCGAUCGAGAGGAUGGGGAACAAGAGCGAAUCCAAAGACAUCAUGCUCGCCGCCGGCGUCCCCUGCAUCCCAGGCUAUCACGGCCCCAACCAAGACGCCGCCUUCCUCCUCUCGGAAGCCGAAAAGAUCGGCUUCCCCGUCCUAAUCAAAGCCGUCAAAGGCGGCGGCGGCAAAGGCAUGCGCAUCGCCCACACCCCCGCCGACUUCCCCUCCGCGCUCGUCUCCGCAAAGUCCGAAGCCCGCUCCUCCUUCAGCGACGAUGUCGUCCUCAUUGAGCGCUACAUCACGACGCCACGCCACAUCGAGGUGCAAGUCUUCGCCGACGCGCACGGCAACUGCGUCGCCCUCGGCGAGCGCGACUGCUCCGUGCAGCGCCGCCACCAAAAGAUCCUCGAGGAGUCGCCGGCGCCCUUCCUCGCCCCCGACGUGCGCAGGGACCUCUGGACCAAGGCGCGCGAGGCCGCGGUGGCAGUCGGGUAUCGUGGCGCGGGAACGGUGGAGUUCAUCUUCGACAAUGACACGGGCGAGUUCUUCUUCAUGGAGAUGAACACGCGGCUGCAGGUCGAGCACCCCGUCACCGAGGCCGUCACGGACACGGACCUGGUGCACUGGCAGAUCCUGGUCGCCAGCGGCCUCCCCAUCCCCACGCAGGAGGAGGUCGAAGCAAAGAUGUCCGGCCACGCCUUCGAGGCACGCAUCUACGCCGAGAACCCCAACAACAACUUCACCCCCGACUCGGGCUUCCUGCAGCACCUGCGCACACCGCCCACAACAGACGACGUCCGCAUCGACGCGGGCUUCGGCCAGGGCGACACAGUGAGCCCCCACUACGACCCCAUGAUCGCGAAACUCAUCGUGCGCGGCCCCACCCGCGACGCGGCGCUCGCAAAGCUGCGCGCCGCGCUGGAGCAGUACGAGAUUGUGGGCCCGCGCACAAAUAUCGAGUUCCUCAAGCGGCUCGCAGCUCACCCGGCGUUCGUCGCGGGCGAGGUCGAGACGGGGUUUAUUGACAAGCACCGCGCGGAGCUGUUUGCGCGCGAGGAGACGCCCGCAGAGGUGUUUGCGCAGGCGGCGCUGGCGCUCGUGGCAAGGGUGGUGGAGUUUGUAGAGGAGGGGGGGGAGGGGGAGGCGGGGAGGACGGUGAAGGUUGCGCUGGUGCAGACGGGGCGGGGAGAGAAUGAUGUGGAUGUCGAUGGCACUGUGUACACCGGUGUUAGCGUCGCGGGCGCGGAGGAGGAGGGGGGGUCAAAGAUCGUGGGGUUCUACCCGCACACGCGGCUGGAGACGACGGUGGUGCGCAGCGAGGACGUGGUCGUGGUGUUUCAGCGCGGGAAGGAGUAUCGGCUGGGUUUGCCGCGGCCGGGGUGGUUUGCGAAGGCGCUGGGCGUGGCGGAGGUGAGGAAUAGUGUUGUGGCGCCGAUGCCGUGUAAGGUGCUGCGGGUGGAGGUGGAGGUUGGCAGUCGGGUGAGGAGGGACGAUGUGUUGGUGGUGAUUGAGAGUAUGAAGAUGGAGACGGUGAUACGUGCGCCGCACGAUGGCGUGGUGCAGAAGAUUGUGCAUAAGGAGGGCGACGUCGUGAAGGCCGGUGUGUCGCUGGUGCUGUUUGAAGAGGAGGAGCCUGCGGGUAGCGAGUAG